AUGGACAACUCUUCAACGCCCAUCCUUUCGCCCGACGGCGUGGACUUCUCGAAUUCUACUCAAGCCGCCGACUUUCUCGAACAACUUCUCAACGACGACGACCUCAAAGUUAUCGGAAAUGACUACGCGAAGAAAUUCUGGUACGGCGUCGUUACGAUCAUCGCACUGGCCACCCUGCUCAAUUUCCUACGAUGGCUCACGCUGCAGAGCCGGUUACGACAGGCGGCGCGGAGACGACAGGAACCUGCGAGACCGAGGAGUGUGUUUUCGAGAUGGUUUGCGACGUUGACUGCGACUGCGAGGGAGGUGACUUACCUUCAAUUCACGCCUACGGGCAGAUUUCUGUGGUUCAAGGUUCCGCCGCUUGGGACGAUCCUGCUGCUGCUGUCGUAUGGGGCGUUUGUGCUGGCCCUCGAGUUUGUCGAUAACAAUACUCCUGGCGCUCGACACUGGCAGGCAUUAGGUGUUCGCGCGGGAUGGUUGGCCGUAGCACAGAUGCCGCUUCUGGUCUUGCUGAUCAACAAGAACAAUGUGAUCGGGAUGCUUACCGGCGCAUCUUAUGAGAGAUUAAAUGUGCUCCACCGCUGGUCAUCCAGGAUCAUGCUCCUCAUGGCUAUUCUCCAUUUUGGAUACCAAUCCUACGGAUGGCAGAAGUUUGGCCUCACUCAAUUGGAAUGGACCACCGACGACUGCCCAACGACAGGAAUCGCUGCCUUCGCGAUUCUGCUUUGGAUGAACUUGAGCACUCUUGCGCCCGUCCGCUACUGGUCGUACGAAUUCUUCGUGGUGCAGCAUGUAUUAUCGUUCUUCGGCUUUGUGAUCGCUGUCGUCUUCCAUCUGCCCAGCACUGCCUACGGAAGCAGGAUCUACAUCUUCAUUCCGAUCGGCAUUUACGUUUUGGACAGGGCCUUCCGAUCGCUUCAAUAUAUCUGGACGAAUGCUCGAGCAAGCCGUGCUACGAUCGUGCAGAUGACCGGCGGUGUCACCAAGAUUCGACUCUCGAACAAGGCCAUCAAGAACUGGCGUGCUGGAUCACACGUUUUGAUUUCCCUUCCCAAGUUCGGCAUGAUGCAAAGUCACCCUGCCACAAUGCUUUCGACACCGCGGUCCCACAACGGAGACCUAGUCUUCAUCCUCAAGAGCCACAAGGGCUUCACUCGCCGUAUCAUGUUAGGCGCCAACACAUCCGAGACUGCUCUCCUCCCACACUCAAAAGAGGAAUCCACAUCGGGCCAAAACGCACAGGUGGUCGAAACUCACCUCGCCCUCCUCGACGGACCCUACGGUGGCUCGCAAUCCGACUUUGCAGCUUUCGACUCUAUCUGUCUGCUAGCCGGAUCGACCGGCGUGACAUUCACUCUGUCCCUGCUCAACGACCUUGCCGAUCGCGUGAGCAAUACCGAUAAACGUCUCCCGGUCCGCCGUGUCCAUUUCGUGUGGUGCGUCAAAGACAGCUCCUGGGCGACAUGGGUCUCGGACGAAAUCUCUGCAGCAUACGAGAAAUUGCACGCCGCUGGGAUCGAAGUCGAAAUCAGCGUACAUGUCACCUGCAAGACUGCAAUCGCUGAGGAGAAGACUGUCCAAUCUUCAUCGUCAUCCUCAUCCUCAAACUCCUACGCCCGACUCCGUACUUCACCACGACCCACGGGUCGGCGAAUGCCCGUACUUCCUUGUGCAACGUUCUACUCCGGUCGACCGGACAUACGAGAUAUCAUCACGGAUGUACUGGACGGUGCCGAGGGCGAGAGUGGAUUGGCGGUUUGUGGACCUAUUGGCCUGAGUAAGGAGGUGAGGAAUACGGUCGUUGGACUGUCAGACGAGCGCGCUGUGCAUAAAGGGGGCAGGAGAGCUGAUGGGUCGGCUGCUCAGGGGUGUUACUUGCAUGUUGAGAGCUUCAGUUAGCGACAGCAGACACAUACAGUACAUGUACAUG